UUACAAAAAUAUGAUGUCAACUUUCUAUUUUCGUCAUCGCUAAAUUAAUCAAAAACAGUUACUAACGAAUUUUAUAGUGAAAUAGUUUCUAAAUAAGUUGCUUAUUCUAUGGUGAAGCGAUGAAACAUUUGGCUCCCAAUAUAGAGAACGCGUGUGUGGUUGUGCUGGGCGACAUCGGCCGGAGUCCACGGAUGCAGUAUCACGUAAAAAGCCUUGCCGAAACGCGGUACUGUGUCGAUCUGAUUGCAUACGUGGAAUCUAAACCGUUGGAAGAUCUAACGUCGAACCCCAACGUUAGGAUUCACCCUUUGAAUCCCUUUCCGGAACUCCAUCUCCCAGGUCUUCUAAAAUAUGUAUUUAAAUCAUGUUGGCAAGCUCUGACCCUGCUGAUGGUGCUGAUAAGCAUCCGGAAACCAAAGUUUAUCCUGUGCCAGAAUCCUCCGGCUAUCCCAACCGUAGCGGUAGUCUACGUCUACUGUCUAUUUGCACGGUCGACAAAAAUGAUUAUCGAUUGGCAUAACUAUACACAUUCGAUUCUGGCCAUCACGUCUUCGCCAGGCAGUCCUAUCGUAAAGUUUGCCAAAGCAAUUGAAUUUCGCUUUGGGCGAAAGAGUUCCGAAAAUCUCUGUGUCACCAAGGCGAUGCAACAAGACCUCCAAGAUAAUUGGAACAUACGGGCCACUGUCCUGUACGAUCGACCACCCAUACAAUUUCAUCCAACAACACUUGAGGAGCGACACAAUUUGUUCAUGAAUUUGUCAAAAGUUAUCCCGGAAUUUGUAGGCACCGUUCCCGACGAUGAAAAAAUCAGUGAUGCGCAAGAGGUUUCAGCUUUCACAGUUAAGCUCUCCAACGGUGAUAUCCGGUACAGACAGAACCGACCUGCUCUUCUGAUAUCCAGCACCAGCUGGACUCCGGAUGAGGAAUUUAGGAUUCUUCUAGAUGCUUUAGACGCUUACGAGACCAAAGCCGUUGACGACCCUAUCCUUUACCCCUGUUUGGUUUGCGUCAUCACUGGUAAAGGCCCGCAGAAAGAACACUACAAAAUGCUCAUCCGUAAAAAAACUUGGGAAAAAGUUAUCGUUAUUACACCGUGGUUGGAGAAUUCUGAUUAUCCAAAGCUGUUGGCGGCAGGAGAUCUCGGUGUCUGUCUGCACUACAGUUCCAGCGGACUAGAUCUCCCAAUGAAGGUAGUUGACAUGUUCGGUUCCGGCCUGCCUGUAUGCGCGAUCAAAUUCAAAUGCAUUGAAGAACUGGUCCAGCACGGUCAGAAUGGAUUCAUUUUCGAUUCGUCAAAGGAAUUGGCUGGCCAAAUUUGCGAAUGGUUUCAGGACUUUCCAGUGAACGUGGCACUGACUAAUCAAAAGGAACUAAUUAACCAAAAGCUGAAGGAAUUUCAACAACUGCGCUGGGACGAAAAUUGGGAUCGAAAUGUGAAACCAAUGCUGGAAAGACUUUAAUACGAGGCAUAUAGCGCAGUCUAUAGGUAAAUUAAGGUAGAUAGAUAUUAUUCUGUGCCGCUGCAUAUUGAUGCUUGAUAAAAUAUUUCAUACAUUUUUCAUAAAAAGCUAUCGAUACACUACGUAGACAGUUUAACGGCAGUGU